UUGUAUAGGUGUACCGGAUACAGCAUAUAGUGUGUGUGGCUGCCUCAGGUUUUUUUUUUUCCUGUCAGGGGUGGUGGCCGCUGAUGUUUUGCUCCACUCUGCAUGACAAGCUCUCCAAAGCAUGGGAAUGUUGGGAGGUGAAUUUUCCGCAAAGUAAUUCGAAAGUUAAUUCAUAAGUUAUUGUAUUAUCUAAAAGAAGUACACUGCCCCCGAUGUUAUUAUUCUGUGGAGUUACACUGUGAUCCGCAAGGCUGUUCAGGGAGUUUUAACAGCAACCAAGUUUGGACAAAAGAGUCGUGCGCUAUCGUUAGCCGGGUGCCGAGCAGAAGACAUUCCUCCACCCAGCGCGAUGCAGGCCAUAAAGUGUGUCGUUGUAGGGGACGGAGCUGUGGGGAAAACAUGUCUACUCAUCAGCUACACCACCAACGCCUUCCCGGGAGAGUACAUCCCCACUGUGUUUGAUAACUACUCAGCAAACGUGAUGGUAGAUGGGAAGCCGGUCAACCUGGGCCUUUGGGACACAGCGGGACAAGAGGACUACGACCGACUCCGCCCACUGUCCUACCCACAGACGGAUGUGUUCCUCAUUUGUUUCUCACUUGUGAGUCCAGCGUCGUUUGAGAACGUUCGCGUCAAGUGGUUCCCUGAAGUGAAUCACCAUUGUCCCAAUACUCCCAUCAUCCUGGUGGGAACCAAGCUGGACCUGAGGGAAGACAAGGAGACAUGCGAUAAGCUGAGGGACAAGAAGCUCAGCCCCAUCACCUAUCCCCAUGGCCUGGCCAUGGCCAAAGAGAUCGGGUUGGUGAAGUACCUGGAGUGCUCCGCCCUGACCCAGCGCGGCCUUAAAACGGUGUUUGACGAAGCCAUCCGGGCGGUUCUGUGCCCCCCACCGAAAAAGAAGAAGAAGAAGUGUUCACUCCUCUAAGCGUCCGCACUCACCAGCCCUGCCCAGUGUCAUGGGGGCGUAGUGAGUGGUUUGCAAGUCGCCAGGUUAGGAAAUUACACCUGAAUACCAUACUCCUCUAACAGACUUUACUGCUAUGAUGUUCUUCUGCCUUUUACAACCCUCUUUCAUGACUCGGUAGCAGUACCAACACUUCCAAUCAGUUUUUGACGUAGUGUAGUUAGUUUCCAGGACAUGACCCUGUAUUGCUACCACACACACGCAUUUAGUAGCGGCCAUAAAAUGGGGAUGACUAUGUGAUAAAAAUUCCUGUGGCCUUUAGUAGGUAGUGCACUAAUGGACCAUGGAAUGUUUGAAUUUGUUCACCCACUGGGAUUCCAUUUUGUUUGUUUACAGUCGUAGUGGUUUCUUUUGAUUCGAAACAGAUGUUGCCAAAUACAUUCUGCAGACAUGAAAUGCUGUUUUUAAGUAGACGCUUUGAUGUCUCAAAUGUACACCUCCAUGUGUAGUGAAUAUUUUUUUUGCUGCACUACUUUCUGCCGAUGGUGGAUCAGCUUUGAGAUUGAAGGGAAUUUAUUGGUCCCAUUAAGAUUUUAUGAGUGCAGUCACCGAAGUAAAAAACGGGCUAACUUGUAGUAAAUGUAUAUGAAAUGAAUGUGCCCAUAUUAUUCUCAAUCUACCAUUAAUGUACAACCAUGAGUGCUUCUUAUGCCCCAUUCCAAGCACAAUAACAUCAUCAAGUGCAUCUUUUGAGGUGUCUCAGAUCUAAUGUUAUACGAUCUAGAACACAAUUGUUUCAUUAAUUCAACCUGGGAACAGGGGGUUCCCAGUAUUGUCUGGAUAUGCCUCUUGGGCCCUGUACACUACAGCAUACUGUAUUAUUAGUUCCUGUAUUAGGUUAUUUAACUAUAUUUGGGUGAAGGGUAACAAAACCAGAGUAGCCUUUGGUCUAAACAUGGGCAUUUUUUUUACUUGUUUUCGUAGCACAAUUGAUUAUAGCAGUACCAUUGCUGGUGAUGUCGUCACCCAUUGACAGCAUCCAAGCUCCUGUCAAUUAUGGUGUAAUAUACAUUUUUUUCAUUGUUUGGUUUAUUUGUUCCUUCACUAAGUUCACUCACUGUACCGUGAAAUUAACACUAUGAAUUUAUUGUUUACCUCCUACAAUUAACACUACCUUAAUCUCCCUAAGAGCUUAGCUUUUUGCAAUUCUUAAAGUGUAUGUGCGUCAUGCUGAAAUUUAUGAUUAGAAUGCCUUUCUGUUCAUGUUGCAUAUUUACAAAUGUAUUAACUACUCGAUCAGGGUACAUGCCCACUGUAUGUAAUGAGGCCUCACACUCCAGUUUACACCCAUGUUGUGACCUUAAGUUUUAUGGCUAUAGUAAUUGAAAGCCCAUGUAUUGAUUGACAUGCAUUUUUAAUUCUUGAUAUUUAUGUUGUAUUGGUCAUGUAAAUUCAGAAUGAAUGUGAAACACUUGAAAGCGUUGAGUGAUCAAGAUAUCUCCAGAUCAGGAUCAUGUUUGUCUGGCAGACUAGAACACAAUGCAAAGGCAAAUAAAUGCUUAACAUGUCAACUUUAAUACAAACUAUUCUGUAAACCUAAUAAGGUUCCUUUUAAAAUGUAUAAACCCACAAGGUUUUAUGAAAAUAAUAAAAAAAAUCAUACAUAUUCAUAUGCCUUCAUUUUGACAUGCAUUCACUUUAGGCAAAAGGAGAUCAUCCACAUGUUUGGUCCCAGUUAUUCAGUCAACAAAGCGCAGCAAUGUCCCUGAAGUUGUUGGAAUCCUUAAAAAAAUAAAAUCACAUCCAAUUUACAAUAUAUACUAUACUGUAAUUGUAUGAAGUUAUAUUACUUUAUACAAUUGUUAAAUAUUGCUCCACUUCAGUUCUUGUUUACAAGAUAUACUUUAUUAAUCUCAGAGGGGAAAUAAAUAAUUUGUUUUGAAGCAGACUUACCUUUGAACCAACUCUGCACCUACAAUAUCAUGGAUGUGGUAUUUCAUCUGGAACUUCACUUGAGCAUUGGUACGCCUUUCUUCCAGCUGUUCUUUUAAUACUUCGCUAUACUUUGACUUCUUUAUCAUGGUGAGCACUGCUUUACGGCCUGAUGAAAAAAAAUAUUUAAGAUCCAGGUUAAUGGAACCGAGCACACAAUGAAGGAGGAACACAUUCACCUUUUCAACAAAGUAUGGCAUUUUGCAUCCAAGUCUUAAUACUAUACUUCUUGUACUAUUGUUUAUUAGCUGAAUCCUCCUAGGUUGACAGGCUAUUGCAUGCGUAACCACUUAAUGGCUGAUAGGGUUACCUUGUGAUUAAUUUACACACCGCUACAUUUUAACUGAAAUGCUGAGCUGUUUGGUGCUACUUUAUGAAAUGGUGAUGGCAAACAUGUCCAUGCGUUUCUUCACAGCUCCCAGUUACAUAAAGCUGGCUGCCCAACAACGAUUAGACAUUGCUACAUGGACUGAUGGCACAAUGACUUUGGCACAAUCCCAUUAAUACCUGAAAGAUCGCAUUAUUCCUACAUCCAUUUAUCACUACAUUCAUGGUCAUAUGGAAGACAGAUUCACUGAAAGCGGUCAGACAGGCAGGCUGGAAUGACAUGAAAAACCAGAUGGUGGUCCCUUAGGUCACAACACCCACCCUGUAUCAAGUACUUGGUGAAUUUCCCAGAGUUGGGGAUGGCGAGCCACCAGCUGCCUGCAUCCCUCACAGUAAGGACCCCCGACUUCACAAGUUGCCU